UGUAGUUUUUUUGUUUUAAUAAAAAAAUUUCCCAGAGAUCGAGUGUUUUGUGUUCUCUCUUCUCCAUCACAUUCACAUUGAUUAAAGCUAAAGCUUCAUUGAUGCUACUUCCGAUUUACCCUUUCGCUGCUUCCUUUUUCUCACUCUCACAGUUUUCUCGCCGAUUCUAAAAAUUUUCCCCUUCCUUUGCGUGCAUUUCUCCGGGAUUUUUAUUCAGAUUUUCCCCAGAAAAAGGUACCCUUCUCCAAAAUCUUCUUCUUUCGCUGCGUUUUUUGCGAUUCAAUUGAAUCGGAUUUGACUUCGAUUGAAUCUGAGUUUCGGUGGUAGAUGAUGAGAUGAGAAUCGAUAGAUAAAGUUGUGGAAAGAGCCCCAAAAUCUGUAUUAUCUGCAAUGUCGACCUCUUUGCAAACGAUUGGUGCCAUUAAGUCUUAUCAUCAUCAAGCUCAGCAUUUGGUUAAGAACUAUCUUUUAGCUGAUCCAUUUAUUCCUUACACGUCUGUCCUCACUGGCAUUUUCCUUUGCAAAGUGGUCUAUGAUCUUUGUCACUUUAUCAGCAACUCACAUUCUAAGACUUAUAUCAUUCUCACGAAAAUUCAGAGAAUCGAAUGGAAUAACCGUGGUAUCUCAACAGUUCAUGCUAUUUUUAUCUCGGCGAUGUCGCUGUACUUUGUCUUCUGGUCCGACCUUUUUUCGGAUAGGUGGCACAACGAUCUUGUUGUUUUCCGGAGCUCACGACUUUCCUGUCUUGGUUUAGGGUUAUCCAUUGGUUACUUUAUUGCUGAUCUUGGGAUGAUCUUCUGGAAAUAUCCUUCUUUGGGUGGACUUGAGUAUAUUGUGCAUCACUCGCUAUCGGGGGUAGCAGUGGCCUACUCUUUGUUUUCUGGAGAAGGACAGUUAUAUACCUACAUGGUCCUCAUCUCUGAGAUUACAACUCCAGAGAUCAAUUUGAGAUGGUACCUGGACACAGCUGGUAUGAAGAAUUCAAUGGCAUACGUUGUUAAUGGCGUCUUCAUCUUUGUGGCUUGGCUGGUUGCUAGAAUUCUACUCUUCAUAUACAUGUUUUAUCAUGUCUAUCUCCACUACAACCAGGUCAUGAGGAUGCACAUUUUCGGAUACGUUCUGGUAUUUGGCGUACCAGCUGCGCUCGGUGUCAUGAACUUGGUAUGGUUCGGUAAGAUUGUGAGAGGGGUAAAGAAAACAUUAGCAAAGAGAUGUGAAUGCUGAGAUUGGUGAGUCUUCCUCACAAUGUUUCAUCAGAUCACCAAUCUUCUUCUUUUUCCCUCUGACAUAUAUGUCUGUUCUCUCUAGUGUAAGUAGUUUUUGUCUGAUGGAGAAACGAGAAGAAACAAAAACAAAAACAAAAUAUGAUACGAUCCUCUGACGUCUCUGUAAAUGAUCAAAAUUCAAUUCUCUUUACGUUUUUCAUUAUACAAUGUAACUCUGUUUUCAUUCUAAUUAUAGUUUUGG